UUACUCAAAUUAAGCUAGAUAUUCAACAUAAACAAGAAGCAAAUUAAAAAGCUUUUAGCUUUUUUUUUUUUAUUAUUCAACGUACCAUGGGUGAUCAUAAGUCAAUUGGAAAUAUUUUGGUUCCUAUACUAAUAAUUUUACUUAUCUCAUUCAACAACAUGCCAUGCGAAGCUCAGUUGUCUUCCACGUUCUAUGACGCAACGUGCCCUAACGCACUUGCGACGAUCCAGAGCUCAGUUAGCACUACGGUGUCAAGUAAUCGUCGGAUGGCAGCCCUUAUCAUUCGCCUUCUUUUUCACGACUGUUUUGUUCAGGGCUGUGACGCGUCCCUUUUGCUUGAUGGAGCCGGAAGUGAGAAGAACGCAGUCGCAAAUAGAGGUGUGAUCGGCUUUGAAGCUAUAGAUGAUGCUAAAGCUGCCGUUGAGAGCGUAUGUCCUGGUGUUGUGUCCUGUGCAGAUAUUUUGGCUGUCGCGGCUCGUGAUGCUUCAGUCGAGGUGGGCGGUCCUUCAUGGACAGUAAGGCUUGGAAGAAGAGAUUCUCCGGCACCAGCAAGCGCGGAUCUGGCCAAUACUAAUCUUCCAAGAGGUGAUAAUAAUCUAGCUCAGCUCAUCACCAGCUUUGAUCGACAGCGUCUCACCGCAAGAGAAAUGGUUGCUCUUUCAGGGUCUCACACAAUCGGGCAGGCACGAUGUGUUACAUUUAGGGCAAGGAUAUACGACAACACGUCAAACAUCGAUGCUACUUUCGCUGCCAACCUUAGGAGUAACUGUCCACAAACCGGGGGAGACAGUAACUUGGAGCCACUUGAUCUGAUCACACCAAAUGCAUUCGACAACAAUUACUUCAGGAACCUAGUCCAAAGUAGAGGGCUUCUAACAUCAGACCAAGUACUCUUUAACGGAGACUCGACUGAUAGCAUCGUAACUGAAUACGUCGACAAUCCUUCCACAUUUGAUUCAGAUUUUGCUGCGGCCAUGGUUAAAAUGAGCGAAAUUGAUGUCCUUACCGGUACUAGUGGGACCGUAAGGAGUCUUUGCACAACAGCCAAUUAGUAGUAAAGAAAAGAAUUAAGACGAUAUAUA